CAGACCACAAUAUUUUUUUGACGUGAUUGAAUCGCUCGCGAGUGCUAAGUACUUAUCUGCGUGCUCAUCUACGCUCGACAUCCUCAAAGUUCAGCCCUUUGCAACUCGUUGCCUACAUAGCUGCAAAGACUUCACACACGCUUCACAACGAGGAUUCACUGCGUUGAAAUAAUGUCGGACUCUGAGUAUGAGAAGCGGGCUAGAAGGAGCAACCCGGACAUCAAACAUCUGGAUUCGGACGACGACACAACUGCUUCAGUGAGUUCCAAGAAGAAAAAGCAGCCGAAAUCAACGGCAUCAAAGCGCAAGCCUUCGAGCAGCAGAGCUGCUUCGCCACCAAAAAAAGCCUUAAAGAAGACUUCUGGCUGGUGCUUGGAAAGCGACAGCGACGACGACGUGGCUCGCUACAAGAACGCUACCGAGCAGAUCAAGUCGGCCUUCACCAAGCGAGUAGCCGACGGAGUUGUGCGCCGUACAGCCGAUCUCACCGGCGACUUAUUUGUAGAGCUAAGGCUCUACAAUAUCAAAGACAUACGUAAGGUACAGCCGAAGGACCGGUGGGAGAAAGCGACUUUAAGCUUAAAGUAUCAAGCAGAUAACGACGCGCCGGAGCUGGUGCCGUUACGAGAAUUUGUCCGAUGCUGUAAGAAGCAAUUUACAGAAGAAGGUGUUUUUUUCGCAGAUAAGAAAUGAAAUUCGCUUUCUCAC